UGUAAAUGCUACAGUGAGAACAAUAUAUAAACUAUAUAACUUCUUUUGCUGAUUGUAUUAAUAUAUUAGAAUGACAAAUUCUCCUGAGCCUGAGAAAAAUAAACCAAUAGAUUCUGAACAAAGUUCUUCAGAAAGUUCUGAAGAAAAUAAAGAUGACAAUGAGUCUGAGAAAUCGUUAAAGACAAGAGAUAGUGUAAAAUCAAGUGAUAGUGAUGGAGAAGCAAGUCUAGCACCAAAAGAAAAUAAUAGUGGUUCUGCUUCAGAAGCAGACAAUGACACAAAAAAGACAAAACCGCUAAUAGAUUCUGAUUCAGAAAGUGAACCAGGAGAUAAACAAACUUUAGCUCCAACAGCAGAUGCUCUUUUUGGAGAUGCUAGUGAUAUCAGCACAGAUGAUGAAAAAGAUAAAGAUGAGAAAAGACAAAAGAGCAGAAGUAAAAGCAGAAGCAGAAGCACAAGCAGAAGUAGAAGUAGAAGUAGAAGCAGAAGCAGAAGCAGAAGCAAGAGCAGAAGUAGAAGCAGAAGCAGAAGCAGGAGUAGAAGCAGAAGUAGAAGCAGAAGCAAAAGCAGAAGCAGAAGCAGAAGUAAAAGCAGAAGUAAAAGUAGAAGCAGAAGUAGAAGUCCAGGAAGAUCUGAUAGUGGCGGUGAAGGCCCUAGUCAAGCUGUUAUUGAAGAUGAUAUAGACAAAGAAAAAGAAGAAGAACCAGAACCUCCGCCAGAGACAAGAAUUGACGUAGAAAUUCCAAAAAUCUCCACAGAUUUAGGUCGUGAAAUACAUUUUGUAAAACUUCCAAAUUUCCUUUCAGUGGAAACACGGCCAUUUGAUACGGAAACGUAUGAAGAUGAAAUUGAUGAAGAAGAAACUUUAGAUGAAGAAGGUAGAGCCCGAUUAAAAUUAAAAGUUGAAAAUACUCUUCGUUGGAAAGAAAUUUUUGAUGAAGAGGGUAAAGUUAUUAAAGAGAGUAAUGCCAGAUUUGUAAAGUGGUCUGAUGGCAGCAUGUCCCUACAUCUGGGUUCAGAGAUUUUUGAUGUGUAUAAACAACCACUUCAAGGUGAUCAUAAUCACCUCUAUAUUCGACAAGGAACUGGUCUUCAAGGGCAAGCAGUAUUUCGAACUAAAUUGACAUUCCGUCCACAUUCUACAGAAUCUUUCACUCAUAGAAAGAUGACAAUGUCUUUAGCAGACAGAUCACAAAAAACUUCUGGUAUAAAAGUAUUAUCCCAAGUAGGAAUUAAUCCAGAUCAAAAUAGAUAUGAAAUGAUUAAGAAAGAAGAAGAAAAAUUGCGUAUGGCGAUGCGAGUUCAAAGCAAAACGAAAAAAAGUACUGCAAGUAGGGGAACCACUGGAAGAUCUGUUGGUGGUUAUGGAGCUAAUGCUUAUCACGAUGAUGGAUCAGACGAUGAAGGUGCUAUUUCUCUUGCAGCAAUUAAGAAUAAAUAUAAGAAAGGAAUAAAUGUACCUGUUAAAGCAUCAAAUAUAUAUUCAUCAGAUGAAGAAGGUUCAGACUUUGAAACGUUAAGACCAAAGAAAAAUAUUAAAGGAAAGGUUCUCAAAGAUUCAGAUGAAGAAUCAAAUUCUCGAAGUCCUUCAGAAAGUGGAAGAGAAGAUGAUAAUCAAGCUGAUAAUGUCAGUGAUUAAAAUAUUACUAUUUUAUUAAGCUAUAACCUUGUAAUAAAUAAAUUAGCAUCUUUUUUGAUAUAAUAAAAGUAAUUGAAGCAUCCAA